AUGGCAACUAUCGGUUGGUGUUCUUUCUUUGCCUGUAUUCUUUGGGCCCGAAGUGCACCGGCUUCGGAAGAAGAUUUCGACAGUAAGAAAAGUGAAAAUGAUAUCGGGAUGAAGAAAGUGAUCAAGUGGUUCACUGGUGAUUUAGAAGAUAGAGAUUUACUAGUUCCGCAGUUGAUUGUCAAAUAUGGUUACCAAAUGGAAAGUCACAUGGUGACAACCGAAGACGGUUACAUAUUGACAAUGUUUCGUAUUUUACCGCGACAACCCUCAACAACGAAGAAGCUUCCUGUCCUGUUGGUUCACGGAUUUCUCAGUAGUUCAGCCGAUUUCGUGGUCAGUGGUCCAAACAAUAGCUUAGCCUAUUUGCUGACCGAUAAUGGCUACGAUGUGUGGCUAGCGAAUGCCCGCGGAACAUUUUAUUCCCGGAACCAUACAACGUUGCUCGUUGACACUGAUGAAUACUGGGAUUUUUCCUGGCACGAGAUUGGCUACCACGAUCUACCGGCAAUGAUCGAUCACGUGCUGUUGAACACAACUGCCCCGAAGUUUCAGUACGUUGGAUUUUCACAAGGCUGUACAACCUAUUUUGUAAUGACCUGUACUAGACCAAAGUACAAUAAGAAAAUUGCUCUCAUGACAGCACUGGCCCCAGCCGUUGUUAUGAAGCGGGUUCGUAGUCCGCUCGUUCGGCUACUGUUCCAGGUUCAAGACCAAGUGAAAGAGGUACUGGAUGUUCUGGAUGUUCACGAAGUACCGCACUUUCAAAGUAUCCAACAAAUUUUUGAUGUAUUGUGUCCGACAGCGGAUAAGGAGAAUUUUUGUGCUCAACUGACCGAAGAGAUGGCGGGGCCACACCGCGAGACGUGGGAUCAGGAGCUGAAUCUCGUCUACAUUGGCCACUUCCCGUCCGGCUCUUCAACGAAGCAGUUAUAUCAUUUCGCACAGAUCGUUAACAGUAGACUUUUCCGGCAGUAUGAUUACGGCAGGGAAGGAAACUUGCAAACAUACAGCAAUUGGAAACCUCCGAUCUACAACCUGACCGUCUCGUCCGCACCGGUUCAGAUCUUUUAUGGACUCAACGACUGGUUAGUGCACUUCCGAGGCGUCAAACAAUUGGCCACGAUGAUCCCUCGGCUGGUGGGGGCCAACGCCGUUGCCGAUGAAAAAUUCAAUCACGUUGAUUUUCUGCUGGCGAAAAAUGCCCGUUCGCAAGUUUACGAUAAGCUACUGCCCGUACUGGAGCGCUGCAACGAUAAUCAUAAUAGCGAUUGA